AUGAGCUGCAGCCAUGCUGCUUUCCGCUGUGCUGUAUACGUAUGCCCUGCGCCACAUGGUGCCCACAGCUUUCAUGCUGGGCACGGCUCCCACCUACCUACUGGCCUGGGGUUGCUGGAGGGCCCUGAGCGCCGUUCUACCCGAGCGAAUCUACCGGAGCGUGGAUGACAGACUGUACACCCUGUACCAGAGCAUGGUGCUCUUCUUCUUUCAGAAUUACACUGGGGUGGAGAUAAUCAUUUAUGGGGAUUUGCCAAAGAAGGAGAAUAUCUUAUACAUCUCCAAUCACCAGUGUACAGUUGAUUGGAUUGUUGCAGAUAUGUUGGCUGUUCAGCAAAAUGCCUUGGGACAUGUACGGUAUGUUCUGAAGGAUGGCUUGAAAUUUCUUCCCCUAUAUGGAUUUUAUUUUUCACAGCAUGGGGGACUUUAUGUCAAAAGAAGCUCAAAAUUCAAUGAAAAGAAGAUGAGAAACAAAUUGGCGUCUCAAAUUAAAGCAAAUACUAAGAUGUAUCUUGUCAUAUUUCCAGAAGGAACACGUUAUAAUCCCAACAUCCCAAAGGUCAUUGCAGACAGCCAAGCAUUUGCUAAAAAAGAAGGGCUUCCUGUAUUAAAGCAUGUGCUGACUCCGCGUGUAAAGGCAACUCAUGUUGCAAUUGAUGUAAUGCAAGAUUACCUUGAUGCAGUUUAUGAUGUAACCGUUGCAUAUGAGGGGACAAUUGGUAACGGUGGGCAAAGGAAAGAAGCUCCCUCUAUGACAGAAUUUUUGUGUAAGGAAUGUCCAAAGAUUCAUAUUCUUCUGGAACGAAUUAGUGUAAAGGAUAUUCCUAAGGAGCAGACAUUUAUGAGAAGAUGGUUGCAUGAGCGCUUUGAAGUGAAAGAUAAGGUGUUGACAGAAUUCUAUGAUUCCACAGACCCUGCAAAAAAGAAUACAUUUCCUGGGGUAGGUCAUAAUGCCAAACUGGAUUUAAAGAGGACUUUACCAUCAUUUUUGCUUUUAACUGGAGUGACUGCUGGUAUGCUUUGCACAGAAACGGGAAGAAAAGUUUAUUUGAACGCAUGGAUUUAUGGGACCCUCAUUGGAAUUAUGUGGGUCAGCAUCAAAGCCUAAACAAACUGUUUACCUCUGAUCAGCUGCAUAUUAUACCAAAACUUUAUUUUGUCAUACAUGUAGUACCUCUGCAUUUACAGCCUUUGUCUUUUUUUUAAAUAAAAAACAGGAUGUGAUUUAGCUAAACAAGUUAUUAAUCCAGCGCUAUCAACAUUUACUCCCAGCACUGUGAGAGGAUGUUUUUAAGUUACUAUUAUUGUCCUGUGUCUUUGUUCAGGUUCAGGUGUGACCCAUCUAAUGGGGUCUCAUGGUAAGGGGCUUUUUCUGGUAUUAUAAUACUGAAAUAUAUAUCUGGUUUGGGUUUAAAGCCAACCGUGAGACACAGAGCUAUGUUCUACAUUACUGCACUAGAAUUUGCUUUGGCUUGCAAUUCAUAUAGAAUAUGAAUAUUCAAUAUGAAGGUUUUCAUUUCUAGAUUUCUGAUUAGAAUUUUUAUGCUGCCUUUGACAUUUUAUAUAAAUGCUUUUAUUUUUUUUUAUUUUUUUUUGGAGCGAGCAUGUAAUGUUGCCAUUCAUACUAAAGCCUGUGCCUUUUUGGUAUGUAAUUUAUCCAGAUUUAUUUAUAAAUGCGUUUUCCCCUUGACCUCCCCACAUCAGCUAUGAGUGAUUAAUUCAACAAUUUUGGAAACUUUUUACCAGAAAAGAAACCACAUCAACAAAUCAUGGUAAUUUAUUUUAAGUUUUUAGCAU